ACUGAGCCCCGUGGUGUACCUGGGUGUACCUGGGUGUGUCUGGAGCCCUCCCCUCUUCCCCUCCCACGGCCUCCUCCCCCCACCACCACCAUAGGGCUCCUGGGUCUCACGGUGUUCUCUCGAUGGGCACCGAAAAAACCCUCUCUCUCCCUCUCCCUCUCUCGCCCUUCUCCUUCCUCUUCUUCCUCCUCCUCCUCCUCCUCCUCCUCCUCUUCAAGCACGUCCUCCUCCAAAUCCCUCUUCCCUGCAAACAAAGCCCUCCAGCGGUCCAGCUCCUCCACUUCCUUCUCCAACACAUCCUCCUCCUCCUCCUCUUCCUCCUCCUCUUCCACUCUCCUACAUCCGCUAGAAAUCCACUUCCUGGCUGACCCUUAUGGCCCUCCAACAUCCACGUCACCCACGCCAACAACACCCACAGCAACGCACCCUCACGAAUCCACGCCCGCUGAGCAUUCACCAUCAACAGCCGCCCACACGCCCAUAGAAGGCUCAACACACUCUUCUCUCAUAUGGAAACGUGAAAUUCCUCUCCCUAACUCCCUUCCUCCAACGCCCAUCACUCCCACGACCCCCGCGCCCCCCAGCAGCCUCCCCAAGAUCCAGGUGUGCGGGCGUGGGGGCGUGUGGUGGGCUCUGAACGCGGGUGUGUUGCUGUUAUACCGGGACCUACACGCCCGCGGAAUCUGUACCAGCGUGCGGGCGGAGGUGGUACCCUUGUUCAAGGUGCCGGAGCCUCUGCAGCGUGCCAUGGUGCUGGACGGGGAGGAAGUGCCGGAAACGGACGCCCUUCUGCCUGACUCCAGCCGGUCUACAAAACGUGGCUAUGACCGUCUCAGCGCGGCGGAGGAGGAUGCGAACGGGAACAGCAGCCCGGCCCCCCUCCGAGCCUCCCACGCUUCUGCGACGCCCGCCACCACCCCCAGCGAGGCAGGCGGCGCUCUCACCCCCACCACACCCAGCACGGACAUGGACGUGGGCUCCAGUGGCAGUCCCUCCCUCCUCGAGUCAUCGGAUUGUGACCACUACAUGACUCAUUCAGAUUCCAGCGACUCGUCCUCCGAUGAUGAUGACGAGGCGCUGACCUGCAAUGUGUGUGACCGCGCCUUCCCCACCUCGCGACUCCUGGCCUCCCACCAAACCAGGAAGAGGCACUACGGAUGCUCGACCUGUGAGAACGUGUUUCCGACCCUCAUGUCCCUGGAGGCCCACAAGGAGGAGACCAACCACUGGUCAGACGACGAUCUCUUCCUAGACGACGACGAUGACGACGACGACGACGACCUGGACGAAUUCUACGACGACGAAGUGAACGAAGAGGAGCGAGAGAAAUUACUAUAGUUCUCCGCUUUACGUAUAUCUACCGAAGGAGUUAUAGCGUAGCAUCAGGAGACACUGGUACUUUAUAUAUCAACACAAUAGCUAAGCAAAAAGAAUGUGUAUGUAUAACCAUCUAUUUUUCGUCCCUUCAAAACUCCAAUGGAAACUUGAAACUCACUUGAAACUACAUAAUAACUCUCUUUCCCCAACGCCGGAUUGCCUCAGUUUCUCCUCCGGCAAGAUCAAAGCGAAACACCGAAUUUGAAAGAGAAUCUCCUCCAUUCUUCUGUACUUUGAGGGAGAGAGAGACGCGGUAGAGUCGUCCCUUGCGUUGAUAGGCGAAGGAGGAGGAGCCACGUAUUUGCUAUCGCCUCCCCUAUCGCUGGUACAGUACAUACUAAGAGUUCCACUAGCUUCCCUUCUUCCUCCCCUGGUCCUACGGAAGGGAUGUAUUAGGUAGGACACAGUAGAUAGGACAAGCCUGGGACAAGAAUGCGUUUCUAGUCUAUAUUUUCUAUCUUUCAAGGCGUCUCUCCUAUAUCAAGUGUGUGAUUGUGUGAUGGUGUGUGAUGGUGUGUGCUGGAGUGUGUGUGUGUGUGUGUGUGUGUGUGUGUGUGUGUGUGUGUGUGUGUGUGUGUGUGUGUGUGUGUGUGUGUGUGUGGGAGUGUGGUUACAGAACACUAGUCACUGUAAAGUAUCAAAUUGUAUAACUUUACGAGUAUGAUUAAAAUAGCAAAGUAG